UAUGAGACGCAGCUAUCUCAUCUCAUACGUAUUAGUCUUGAUAUAUAUUAUGAUGUCCGCAUUGUCAUAAUAUUCGACUAAAGAUGGUCACAGGGUUGAUUGGCGAACCACACCACCCGGGUUCGAUCCCUAGAAGAUGCAAAUUUGGAGGAAUUUUAAAGAGUUAAGCGUGCUGGCAUGGGUGUAGCAGAAAUGAUGGGUGACCCCCUGGGAAGUAGAUUUGGGCUUAUGGGCUGGGCUUUAGAUUGGGCUUACUUUGGGCUUUCUAUAGUGGGCUAUCUAUCUCGGGUGUUAACGGGCCCCGGGGUAGUCACGAGGUUAACGGGCCUCGGGCCCCUUGCUUGCCGUCCUAGGUUUGGGGAUGAUGGUCAGGUAUUGUGGGAUGGGAAAAUAGGCAUAUUCCCAUUCACAUUUCAAGAAGCUGCUAAAAGAACAAGCAAAAAUAGGUCUGCUGGUACAAUGAAAACAAAGCCCAUUCCAAAAAUAACAAGAGAUGUCAUGAGAGAAAUGAUGGUACAACAACUACUGCCAGCAAUAAGGGAAAAAUGGCCACAGAGUUCUAAGCAUGUUUUCAUACAACAGGAUAAUGCUAAACCACAUGUUGAUAUUAAUGACCCAGUUUUUGUGGCUGCUGCACAAGAGAGUGAUUGGGAUAUUAAGUUGCAAUUUCAGCCCCCCAAUAGCCCAGAUUUAAAUGUUCUUGACCUUGGAUUCUUUAGGGCAAUAGAUGCAAUACAAAACAAGAGUGCACACAGGUCAUUGGGGGAUCUCAUAAAUGCUGUCACAACUGCUUUUGAACAACUCACACCACAAGUUUUAAACAAUGUGUUCUUAACCUAUCAAGGAGUCAUGGGUGAGGUGUUGAGGCAUAAAGGAGGAAAUAAUUUCAAGAUACCUCACAUGGGGAAGAAAAGGCUGUCCAGGGAAGGAAUACUUCCACAAAACUUGGGAGUCAGUACUGAAGUGUAUGAAGAGGCAUAUAUAUACUCUUUUCACGCCUCCUUCUUCCCCGAUCGAGACACGCCGCCACUAGACCUAGCCAGUUUUCCUUCUCUGACGAACUCCGAUCACCGUCCCCCGCAGCAAGCUCCGGCGACUCCCUCUGUCCCGGCGAAGUCCAGCAGCGACGGGAAGGGCGAUGUCGCGAGGCCAGUCGACGUCUAAGAAUGGUCAGCGGCGGGAGACCUCCAUCUUUGGUGGAGAAUUUCCGAUCAGACAGAGGGGUGGUGGGUGUGAUCUCCACCGGCGAGAAGGGGGGGAGUGGCCUCCAUCUUUUCCGGUGAAUUAAACAGUGGGGAGUCCAGCGAGCAUCCUCUGCUCCGGCGAAAAUAGCAGCGAAGGUGUCUAGAAGGCAGGCCGGCGACGGCGUCUGGGCAGCGACUCCGGCGAUAUCUGCUAUAUCUGCAAUGUCUCUUUUCACUACCCAAUCGCCAACUGGAGUUGCUGGAAGCAGUGCACGGGCUGUGGGAUCNGAAAAAUAUUAUUGACACCUCUGUCAUUUCACACCAAUGGUUUAUUGGCAGUGAUUUUAAUACUAUCACUUGUUUAAGUGAGCAUAAAGGCAAUACUCCUAAUCAUACUGAUAUGACUGCAGAUUAAUCACAAACCUCUACUAGUCACUUGCAUGAAGGUUCUUUUCCUCGGUUAGGUUAAUCUUUUGGUGAUUCAACUCAUAUAUGUUUUGCUUGCAGAUUAUCAUGGUCACAAUGGCAUCAAGAAUUGAAGGUCUAUUUUCCCCUGAUUCAAUGCUGGAUGUUAUUGAGGGGACAAAUAACUAAAUUAGGCAUGCUCAAUGGACAAUUAGAAUGUGAUUUUAAUUAUGUAAAGAUUAAAUUAUUAGAUGUUAUUAAGAUUUUGGAUUGUAUAUUUGUAUGUAUUUAGAUAUUAUUCAAUAUAUUGUACAUUUUGGA